AAAACCCGGGAGAUUCUUCGGGUUGGUUUUGCUGAAUUGAUUUUGUCCAGCGAACAGAGAGAUCCAAUUCCAAACUCAUAUUUGAUCCAAUUCCAAAAACUCCCAAAUAAUUCUGCUCUCUUUCCAUCAGAUUGUUUUCUCUUCGAAUUCAAUUGCUCUUCGAAAUUGAACAAAAAAACAAAAAUCAAAUUCACUUUCUGGGGGGGCUGGCUUCUACUUUGUCUCUUGUGUUCGAUUUAGGGUGCUCCUGAUCGGAUUUCGAAUUUGAUCUUAGCUAAGGCAAAUCUUAUAAGUUUGGGGCUUUACUGUUUCGUGGAUCCGUAGCCAAUCCAAUUGUUUUGUCUUAACGUUUUUUUUCGUGUGUGUGGGUGUGUGUGUGGGUGUGGGGAGGAUUGCAAUGUUAGAAAGGGGCUAGGGUUAGGGUUAAGGUGGUGUGGAUAGAUAUGGAGGAGUCUGAGCUUGAAGAAGGAGAGGCUUGCUCUUACAAUCUCACUAACGAUUUUGGUUCUAGCUUCGACCCUGACAACGAUCUCUCUUACAUUGACCACAAGCUUCAAAACAUACUUGGACAUUUCCAGAAAGACUUCGAGGGCGAUUUUUCUGCUGAGAAUCUUGGGGCGAAAUUUGGUGGCUAUGGCUCUUUCUUGCCAACUUAUCAACGUUCCCCUCUUUGGUCUUAUCCAAAGGCACCUGCAAAACCUCAGAGCUCUGCAGGGACUAGAUCUCCUAACAUCUUACCAGGGGAGUCCCAGAGUGGUAAUGCAGCUUCUUCUAGCCUUCCUAAAAAGGCAAAUUCUGAGCUUGCUUCCUCUAGAAUCCCCAAAAAAUCAAUGAAAUCCAAGAAACCCAACUCCAGUUCCAGACAUGAAUCUGCAACCGAGAAGCCUGGGGUCUUCAGUAAACAAAACUCCCUGAAGCUUCGGAUAAAGAUGGGAGCAGAUAGUUUACCUGCUGAAAAGAAUGCUGCUGCGAUAUACAGUGGCCUCGGACUUGAUGUGUCGCCUAAUAGUGUUUCUGGUAGUGAAGGGAUGUCUGGAGAACCUCAAGGUUAUUCUCCGUUGGAGUCUCCCGCCAAUAUUCUUAAUGUUAUGACUUCUCUUCCUGUGGAUCCUGGUCAGUUGCUAUCUCCACUCUCUAAUGACCUGAUUCGGUUCAUCGAGAGGGAAAAACCCGAGAAGGGAUAUAAGCGUACAUCUCCAUCCAGGCUUUUCAUUGAGAGUUCUUCUGCUAUGGCAAACCGUCUGGAACCUCAAAAGGCUGGAGAGGAUCCAUCAGUGGAGAAGAAAAGAAAGAUGCUGGAGAGGAACAACUUGUCUGCAGAGGCAAGUGUCCGCAGUAAGAAGGGUCUACUUGAUGGAAAUGAUGUCUCCGUCAAGAAGCCAACGGAAACAAACACAUCAUAUCCUUCUGCUACGGAGAAAGAAACCGCCAGUAGUAAAUUAUUUGACGCAUCCAAAGAAAAUUACAAUGGCAGUCUUAAGGGAGAAAUGGAGGUAGGAGAAUACAAAGGAAGCAAAGCUCUUGAGCCGCCGCAUCAUGAGAAUCCAAAGACUAGUUCAGCUGGAAGUGUUCGGGGAGAUAAGAAGAAUAGAUUUGGUGAUGAUGAUGCUUCAGGACGCUCGAGGAAAGAAUACAAAGGAAGCCAAGCUCCUGAGUUAGCCAAAAAGGAAACAGAAGCGUCAAAGCUGAAAAGUGGUCAUAAAGAACAUUCGUCGAGAAAACAGAAGUCUGAUCAGACAGAACGGGAGCCACAGUCUUCAUCGAAGUUUAGUAAACAGAAAAGCUCUGUUGUCAAUGAAACAAAGAUGAAUGGUCAAGCUGAGAAGAAGGAAGUGGCAGCCUUGAAACCACAUAAUGGUGGCAAAAAAGCUGAGGACACUUACAAAGACUUUUUUGGAGACAUGGAGGACUCUGAGGAGGAAGAGGAACCUCCGACCUUAGAAGAUACGCCGGAAAAGUCUCGAGUCCCAGUGACAGAAUCUCAGAAUGUUGGUCCUGGACCCUCAGUGGGCAAACUUGGUAGUGAUCCUUCUCUUCCUAAAGCGAAUCCCGUGGUCAUAGAAGAACAUUGGGUUGCUUGUGACAAGUGUGGACAGUGGCGGCUUCUUCCUUUUGGCCCCGUCCCCAAACUUCCGGAGAAAUGGAUGUGCACGAUGCUUGAUUGGCUCCCUGGUGCGAACUAUUGCGAUGUUCCUGAAGAUGAAACAACGAAAGCUGUGUAUGCGAUGUAUCAGAUUCCUGCACCUGACAGCCAGGCUCCAGUGCAGAGUGGUCUUAAACCUCAGUUUAAUCAGGGAGAGGACAACACCAAAAAGAAGAGGAAGGGUUUUAAAAAGUUAGACAACGGAAUGGUCAAAGAAGGUUCUCGGACUGCAGAGACGAGCAAGAAGAGUAUCCUAACAUCAGCAAGAAACGGAACCAUGCACAACUCGCAUGGACUUAGUGACUUUGCUGACGAAGAGAGACAGAAACAUAAACAGAAAGAGAGAGGCAAAGCAGUGGAUCACCACUCUGAUCAUGACUCGAGGAGCUUGAAGAUGAAUAACAAAAGGAAUGCAGAGCGAGAGAGUUCUAUGCUGGCCAAGAAAAUGAAGAUUGAAAGUUUUCUGUUUCCUGAUGAAGGAGGAGCCUCAGACAGUGGUGUCCCCGUCGCAUCAGCAGAUAAAAAGCACAAGCCUCGAGUCUCCUCUAAAAUGCCAAAAGAGGAAGGAGGAGGAGCUUCGGACACGGGAAAUAGUAAUAGCACAGGGGGGAGUAAAAAGAGGAAACUGAAAGAGAGCCAUGGUUCUCCUAGGGUGUACCGUGAGAAGGAAAACCAUGAACGAAAGAAAGCUCGAGUUCUUAAAGAAGGAAAGGAACCAAGUUUUUCUCAUGGAAGUGGAAAAUCGGAAAAGAAAAACAAAAGUCAUUCGAGAAGAGAGUACGGACAUGUUGCAGCCACCUCUAGUUCUUCUCAUAAACCCAGAAACAGCUCCCACGAAGUUAAAUCUUCGCCUGUUGAGUCGGUGUCGUCCUCACCUAUGAGAAAGAAGAAAGUAGAAUCUCAUGAUACUGACUUCUUGGCAGCAAGUAGUAUGAGAAGAUUCUCAGAUGGUGAAGGUGAUGGUGGGAGUGAUAGAUCGCAAACGCGGAGAAAGAACAAACAUGGAUCCCGUGAGUCUCCUGUGCUAGAUGUUUGUGAUAAUAAAGGAUCUUUGAAAGCUAAAGUGCGCGCUGAACCUUCUCUGGAUGCCAAUUUAGAAAAUGGUGGCCACAAGGAUCAUAUUCAUCGACGUAGCAAUGAUUCUUUGGCGAAGAAGUCAGGAAAAGGUUCAUCUUCACGGGAUGGUCCGAGACAUAUUGAAAAGAAGAUAAACGAUGGUAGUAGUCCAGACAUGGUCGUGAAACCAAACAUUCCAAAGCCUUAUGACGUUGAAAGAGUAUCAGAGAGGAGUAACAGAGCAGAUCUAACUUCUCCAGCACGGCCACCAUCUAGAGGCGAUUCCUCCCGUAAGAAAGUCGAAAAAUGUGGGACAUCAGCUGGGAAUAAUAGUAUCCAAGCUGAUGAUGUGACGAAGGCAACAGCCCAGGUAAGAAGGAGAAACGAGCCUUCUCCAAGCCCCUUGCGGAAGGAAGUAACAUCUGUGCAAGCCGCCCAUGGUAUUUUGAAAGAAGCUAAAGAUCUAAAACAUACAGCUGAUCGCCUCAAGAGUUCUAUCUCAAACCUUGAGUUCAUUGAGCUUUACUUCCAAGCUUGCCUCAAGUUUCUUCACGGUGCUUUUCUCUUGGAGACGAGCAGUAACGAGAGUGCUAGACAAGGAGAGACAAUGAUCCACUCUACGAGUAUUUAUAGCAGCACAGCGAAUCUCUGCGGAUUUUGUGCACGUGAGUAUGAGAAGUCUAAAGAGAUGGGAGCUGCUGCUCUGGCUUACAAAUGCAUGGAGGCAGGGUAUAUGAGAGUGCUCAACUCCUCUUACACCAGUGCUAAUAGAUACCGAAAUGAAUUGCAGACUUCUUUGCAAAUAGUUCCUCCUGGUGAGUCUCCUUCCUCUUCUGCUUCGGAUGUUGAUAACGUGAACAAUCCAGCAGCUGUAGACAGAGUUGGCAACUCAAGGUGCACCAGCUCUCCUUUAGUUGCCGGGAACCACGUCAUUUCAGCGCAAAACCGCUCUAAUAUCUUACGCAUAAUUCAAUUUGCUCAGAACGUAAAUCUGGCAAUGGAUGCAUCGAGGAAAUCACGUGUGGCAUUGGCAGCUUCUAUUGAAAACUUGGGGGAGGACCAACAACAAGGAGAGGGAGUUCUAUCCAUAAAAAGCACUCUUGAUUAUAACUUUCAAGACUUGGAAGGGUUGCUACGUCUAGUGAAGCUUGCAAUGCAGGCCAAUAACCGGUGAAAGACGAGCUGAAAUGAAGCAGCUUUUUUUUUUGUCAAGUGAGAAGAAGAAAGAGGCAAAAUUAUCAUAUGUUGCCUUGCAGCUCUGCUUGCGUUUUGAACAUUUGUUUCGGAUCCCAUAAUCAUUUUAUACAAAUCCAUGAAGAGUUCCGCUUACAGAGUCUGUUAUGAAGGAACAUGACAAUUGACUCCAUCAGAUGCUUCUCUUAUUCUUCUGCGGAAGCCUUCUUCUCCAGCUAAUUAUCCAAGAACCAUGUAUGGAGUAUGUAUACAGAGCAACCAAGGUGUAACUUGUGGUACUGGAUUCUCUAUUUCUCGAUCUCAAGACAGAGAAAGCCGUUCUCCCAGUAUCAGAUUGUAAACUGUUGGCAUUCUAAAUAAGCCAUUUAGGGUAUUACAAAGAAAGGAAAUAAUAAGAUUAGAAGAGUUUGGAGUAAUAGUAGAUCUUCUUGUAGUGGUGAUAGCCUUUUUUUUUUUGUUUUAGGAGGUAAGAAAGAUUUUAUUCAUUUCAUUUCUCAAGUUAUCUUAUAUUUACCCCCAAAACACCAGAUCUGAUGUUCCUUUGUUGCUCUUUCUCUUGGUGCAGUGUUGUCUUUUUUGUUUUUGUAGAUAACAAAGUAAAAGAAAGUUACAAAUAGAGUUCUGCGGUCUUGGAGAACGGUUUUCUCUGGGUUACCAAUAACUUCCCUAUCUGAUUUUCAGUUGCAGUUUUCCGGCAAAGUUUUGAAACAGGCUUUUGUUCCUCUUUAUCUUUGUCGUAUCUUAACUAAAAUGUUUUUUUUUUUUUACUGAAAAUCCUCAACUCAUGAGUGUAUGUUUGCCUUUUCUGGUUUUGAAUGGCCUUAAUGUAUAAACUGUACAUUGUUCAUCAAAGAUAAUAUAAGUGAGAGAAUCUUACAGUCC